UGGUCCCUUCUGCGUCCCCAAGGGCCUAAAAACGGUAGGGUGGAGGGGAUUGGCAUGGAGAGGGGAUAAGGGAGAAACGAUGACUGUUCCCCCGUUGUCCUCCUACCCCUUUCUCCGCCUUUGGUCUCUCUCUUGCACCGGCGGUGGAGUGGCGCACGUGCGUGCAUCGACGCUUCUAUGCGGGCCGACGUCGACAUCUCUAGUAGUGCAAGUUGAACUAUAGUUGUAUUCGGACGUGGACGGCAACAAAACGCGGCGGAUUCAGGCGACCGAUGCAGUUUCAAAGAUUAAAUUGACAGUGUUUGGUGUUGAGGAUAAACAGCAGUAUUUAUGUCGUUCUAUUGGCGGCGGUGUCGUAUUAAUGUUUUAUUCAGCAGUUUGAGUAGUCGGCGCUCGGCUGGCGAUGGGGAGUGAGCACUACUGCCUGCGCUGGAACAACCACCAGGCCAACCUGCUGGGUGUGUGUGCGCAGCUGCUGCGCGACGAGCGCCUUGUUGACGUGACGCUGGCGUGCGCGGACGAGGGACGCUGUAUUCGCGCCCACAAGGUUGUAUUAUCUGCCUGCUCGGCUUAUUUCCGAGCACUCUUCGUUGACCAUCCCGCACGCCACCCUAUAGUUAUCCUAAAAGACGUGCGAUUCAACGAUUUGCGCACUAUAGUCGAGUUCAUGUACAAGGGCGAGGUGCGCGUUGAAUACGCACAGCUCAGUAGGCUGCUGCAAACAGCUGAGAGCUUAAAAGUAAAAGGUCUUGCUGAGAUGACUCGAGAAUACAAACCCGAACCGCCUGAGCAAACGGAACCAGAAGAACUUGUUAAUCGUCGGCCGCCAUCUUUAGACACGAGUGACCCAACGCCGCCUCCCCGCAAUUCACCUGUAGCACCCGCACCACCUUCUAGACAGUCCCCAGAGCCAGUGCCAAGGCCACCCUCGCAAAACGGUUCUCCAGAACCACCACCCGUAAUAACCAACGCAAUCAACAACAACGCGUUUGGUCCGCCGCCCUCUGUACCCCAGUGCCGCCCUUCACCUCCUCCCUUACCUUUGAACUGUGACCCGUCGCUGCCGGGGCCAUCGAGUCUGCCGCCCAUUCAGCAAGUGCCCUUGAGUCUUAAAAAAGAAGUAGAUUGGGGAGGAGGAGGGAUAGAUGAUAAAAAUUCUGGCGGUGAAAGUUCUUCGGAGUAUUCUAGAUUACCACAUGAUUCGCCAAACCUUGAUAUGGAACAACGUAGUAGCUCCUCUUUGGAGCGCCCUCCGUCCUCAGCUUCCUCCUCAAGGGCUUCUACUCCUGGAGCACCCCUUCUACACUUUCCUCUCGCUGGUCUUCUUGAAGCUGGUCUGGUACCACCACUAGAUGGUUUGAGCGCUACCGCAUUUCGAUGUGGAGCCUGUUUAGCCGGGUUUCCAUCGCCCUGGCUGUUAGAACAACAUGCUGCUUUGCAACAUUUACCUGGUGCGUCUGGGCCAGACAAACCUUUUGUAUGCGACCAGUGUGGUCAAUCUUAUCGAUACCGCUCAGCCUAUGUGAAACACCGUGAACAAAAUCAUCGAGCGCGACUUCCUGCAGAUAAACUUUUUUCUUGUGAUGUCUGUGGGAUGCAGUUUCGUUAUCUCAAGUCCUUCAAAAAGCAUCGCCUAAAUCACGCUUUAGAAAGGUUGCAUGGCAGUCGCAGAAUUUCAGGAGAUUCUUCAACUCCAAUACCUUUAGUUAUGCCCUCAGAUAGUAACGACCAAGUAUCAAGUAGUAACGAAGCCAUUAUGGAUAGAGAAGACGAAGAAGAAACGGCUGUGGUAAAAGUUAAGACCGAGCCUGAAACUGAAGAUGCUCCAGGUUGUGAGGGUGGCUCAACAUCAGACAUAGAAAAGCCAGAUGUAGAGCAAGACGAUACAAUAGAUUCUAGGGUCAGUGUGAGCCUGGCAACGCCUGCCAAUGAGUUGCAUCGUGCUGAUCCGUCAGACGUAUCAGCGCUUGCUACCUUACUUAGGACAGAAAAUACUGAGAGUGCUGAUCGACAAAGGGAGCGUAGGUUUGCAUGUCCUUUUUGUGGAAAAUGUGUGAGAUCAAAAGAAAACUUAAAACUGCAUGUCCGAAAGCAUACGGGCGAACGUCCGUUCGUGUGUCUCUUCUGUGGCCGAGCAUUUGGAGGAAAAAGCGACCUGACGAGGCAUCUUCGCAUCCAUACUGGUGAACGACCCUACCACUGCGAUAUGUGCGGAAAAUGUUUUGCACGUGCCGACUAUCUGUCAAAACAUUUGACAACGCACAUAAAUACGCCACGUUAAUGCGUAACCCCUAAAUUCUUUACGUUUUUUAGUUUUUACAGAAAGUUAAUUUCAUAAGUUUUUAAACAUAAAUGUUAAAUUAGACUUGAAGCCGCUAACGUGUUUGUUUAGUUAUUUAAAUAUCACAUUAAUAGAUGUAAAUAGUCUAGUGUGGUCCAGAUAUUAUGAUUUAAUUGAACAUCGGUACUUUCUCUAAAACCAGAGCAAAAUUGCAGAUGACUUAUAAGGUAUAAGGUUUUUUAAUUUAGUCAAUAAUUUUUAAAAACUUUAACAAACUCGUUCAUUUACUUUUAAAUUUAUAUUAUGAGCUGAGUUUCUAAAUCUGUUGAUGUUAGGUAUGCCAAGCUCAUUAUAUUUUUAAGCUUUAAUUUUUACGAGCUGAAAACAAUUUUUUUACCACCGUGAGUAAAAUAUUCGCUUUACACUUUAUAAAUAUGUGUUUAUUAAUAAGAGUGAUCAUAAUUCUUAUUAAUAAAAAAGAUUAAAGGAUUUUUACAAAAUGAAAAUAGUUUUAUAAGAAAACAAUUUUUUUAAUUACUUUUUUUUGUCGUUUUUAGUUUUGUUUUUAUUUAGUAUUUCUUGUUUUUAGUAUUUCUUUUCUUUUAACCGGUUUUAGUAAUUCUAACAAAGGUAUUUUCUUAUUUCUCAUAUAAAAAGACAAAUCGUUUUUUGAAAAAAAAAUUAUGAAGAAAAAUUAUUACUUGUUAUUCUAACUCUAUGAGUAGGCAUUUUUGAAAUAAAGGAACAGAAAACUAUAAUAUAGAAUGAACAGAAGUCAGUAUCAAAUUCGUAGUGAUCUAUAAAAGUCUUCAUAUUUACAACAUUGACUAUAGUGCAUUGUACACUAGUUGUAAAUCUACAGAGUUUGUUUUAGUGGGAAUCUAAAACAUUUUCUUUGAAAAUCUUGAAUAACUCCCAGAGUUUUAUGACGUUAUGACUGGCCCGACCGUAAAUAGUGAUCAUUAAGGACCUAUUGUAUCCAGAGGUAAUUUAUCACUUGUAAUUUCGAGUAACUUCUAUUUUUUUCAAGUGUUCUUCAAUAUGGAGGUUGGGUUCUUAAAGUCAUUUUGGCUCAUUCCUAUAAUAUUAAAAGGUUCAUGUAUUUUAGCGUCAGCAAUAAUAUUUUCAAUCAAAGUGUAGUAUUAUGGUAAAAUCUCACAAGGCAAAAAGCUUUAACCGAAGAAGUGAAACUUUUGAUUAAUCUCAGUGACAUUUCCAUAUUUUGUAAGAUAGCAGUAGAUGUUUAAUAUCCGCCAGUUGUUAUUUUGUCAUAUGCAAUGAUCGGAUCAAACUAAUAACUCAAUCUAUUAAUUUUUUAUAGUACAGGGUGCGGCAAAAUGAUCUCCCACAUUUUGAUUUUUAGUAAAAACGCCAAUGUAAGUGCUUUGAAAAUUACAGUGAGUCCAAGUGGCGACCAUUUCUUUUGACACACAUUCGAAGCUGAUUUUUGAAAGUUUUCAUUACUCGAGCAGUAAUUUGAGGCGAUAUUCCUGUAAUUUCUUGGCGUAUUGCUGCUUUCAAUUCGUCAAUGGUUCGGGGAUGAUGUUGAAAAAACUUCUCUUUCAGGUAGCCCCAAAGGAAAAAGUCGCAUGGGGCAAGAUCGGGUGAACACGCAGGUAACAACGUCUCCACGUAACGAGAUUACGCGUCCUGGAAACAUUUCCCUUAACAGGUCCAUUGUCCUUCUUGCCAUAUGAGCUGUAUGUAUCCGGAUGUUCAAGUUCCCUAAGUUUUGGUUCCAAAAUAUUACGUAGCAUCUCGACAUAUCAGCAGUUACGGUAACCGUUACCCCUCCUUCUUCAAAAAAAUAGGGACCCGAAACACCAAAAGAACCAACAGCACACCAAACGGUAACACGUUGGCUGUGAAGUGGUUUUUCAUAGAGCUGCCGCGGAUUUUCUGGUGCCCAGUAGCGAAAAUUCUGCUUGUUCACACAGCCAGACAAAUGGAAAUAAGCCUCGUUACUCGUUAUUAAAUGCGCAUUUUGUGGGACGUUUUGAAGAAUAUCAUUGGAACAUUCUCGGCGAGUUUCCCAGUCCCGUUCACUAAGUUCUUACACGAUCAUCAUUUUGUAUGGGUGGAACUUCAGAUCGGUGUGCAGAAUUCUUCUCACAGAACGAUCUGACAAACGCAAAGCAGAGGCAUGUUUAACAGCUGAACGUCUAGGAGAUCGUUCAACUGCUUCUCUUACAGCUGCAAUGUUUUCAGGUGUCCGAACACUUCUCGGUCUACCAGUUGAUUUUCUUUUUAAGGCUGAACCUGUAGCUCUAAAAUUUGAAACCCACAACAGUAUUGUUUUGCGAUCUGGAACUGGAUCAUGUCUACCAAGUGCGAAGUGAGUACGAAAAUUUCUUUGUGUUGUAUCACAGAUUCGUUACUUUUGAAAAAUAUUUCGAUAACCGUGAUGUUCCGUCCAGUUCAUGGCAACAACAGAAAUGGCAAGGCGCGCGCAGCCAACCGACUACGCUAAGCUGGCUCCCUCUUUAGUGAUUAGGGCUCAGUAGCGGCGCAAAAUGUAGAAGAUCAUUUUGCCGGACCCUGUAUUUAUAUUGGAAGGCACUUGAUCGUACAAGAUGAUAUUUCUUGAGAGCCUCUUCCUGCGAUGCACUUGUAUCAUAAUUCUAUUACCGCUUUUAUACCUUAAUUCCCGUAUUUUGAAUAAUAAAGUUAUAUCUAAUUUAUCUUUGUUAGAAUUGAUCUGAUUAGGAAUAAUGUCUAAAUGAAUAAUUAACACAAAGGAUAAAAGUAGUUGAGCUAUUUGCUUAAGAUUUAACUAUAUACGCCUGAAUUUAUUGAUAUUCCAAAGAGGUUUUACUUUGAUGUAAGUCACUUUUCUGCUGUUUUUAUCACUCACUGAUUUACAGAACUUAGUUAUAUUUACAAUUUAUUGCAUAUUUUACUAAUAGAUCAGAUACGUACAUAGAUCUAGGAGCACCAACACGUAAAUUCAUUUGCUUCAAAACUGUAUUAUAAAGCGUUUUAGUCACAGCAACAUUACGAUUUUCAGUUUGGAAACAUCGAUACAUUUUUGACAAAUUUAGAUUAGGAUUUAAAUAUUCUUUCUGUACUUUACGUCGACAAUAGUUUGACUCUUGCUUUGGAAAUUUGGUGAUAUGUUUCAUAACUCAGUUCCUACUCUCGUGUAGAAUAGCCUUUAGUCUGAUGAUGCUUGCUUCUUUGACCUAUAGUAAUAUGAACACUGAGUUUGUCUUAUAAAAUUUGAAUUUGUCUAUAAGUGAUUUUGAAAACGUCGAGUAACGUAGUUUUGCAUACUUUUUUUGUCAUUUAUAAAGUACAUGAAUGGACACAACUUUAACGAAGUAGCAUCUGUGUUUUUCCAGUUCUCCUUUUUUUGGUUUCAUUUUGUUAAAAGCGCUGACUGCUCAUCAUAUGAAUGUGAAUGGAAAAAUAUAAAAUAGUCAGAUCCUUUCUCAUAUCAUUAUAAAGUUAAUUUUGAGCAAAUUUUAGGUUACAAGAUUUACGGCAUAUGUUAUAUCUUUAAAAAAUAACAUAAAUCAUAAAAUUAUAAUUAUUUUUUCCUGUUUCUACUUAUAUCCGUAGGAGCGGUCUUGGCAAAAACCAAUGUUGUGUCUUCCAGUGUAUGCAAGAGCCGAAUCUCUGCGAUUUUUUCUAAACAUAUUCUUUUAAGUUUCUAUAUUUUUGAGAUUUUCUGGGUGGUUCGGCAAGCAGCAAUAAUACACCGGAAUCAACUUUGAGUACCGUCUUACUAUUGAGUUAGUUUUCUUAAUAUUUUUCAUAUGAAACUUUUUUAAAUAUGUAAAUAUCGCUACAUUGAAAAGUUAUAAAUUAAUUUUAAAUAGAUUGAUGUUUCAUUUUGAUUUCACGUCUGUGUUACGUAUAUUAAAUUAAAUAUUUAUUAGGUUUCUUUAAAUUCUAGUUUUUUUCAUUAUCGGUUUUUUAAUAUUAUUGCUGGAAAGUUGCAUUUUAAACAACGCUUUUGAUUUUAUAAUUGCACAAGAGACUGCCAAAAUUAUUGCCAUAUAGUGAUCAUUUUGCAACAUGUUUUUUCAAGCAUUAAAAAUUAAAUAACAGAUUAAUAUAGAAACAUAGGGAAAAACGGCCGAAUACCAAUUUUUUUUUAAGAAUAAUUAUUAUCCUUAAAUUUAAGUAAAUUUAUAUCUCGCAUUUAAGGCAAUAUAGUAAAAAUAAUCACUGUUGUAAAUAAUUAGGCUGCAUUUUUUUUUAAUUAAAAGAAAAUAUUAAUUUAAGUAACAAGAAUAUUUAGAAUUAACAUUAAUGAUAUAAAAUUUUACGAGCAAAAAUUAUUUAUUUUUUGAGUUUUAUUUACAAUAACCAACAAAAUUCAUAUAAUGUAAAUAAGCCAAAACAAGUUUUAGAAAUUUUUAAAGAAAACCAAUUAUGAAUAAACAAAUAAAUGUAAUAAUGACUUUAAAUUUUAUAUACAUUUUUCUUAGAUUUGUUUGCUGGUUAGGUCAUAUAAUAAAAUUUUUAAUAUCUGAACCACAUUCGACUUUACAGACCCAACACACGCAAGAUUAUUAUGAAGUCUAAUAUUACUACGUCCAUUCCUAUAUACCUAUAAUUAAAUCCACAUUAAUUAAAGUCAAUAAAUCUGAAUUUAGGUUAAUAUAAAAACUUUUAAAAUCCUAAAUAAAUUGAAAUAAAAUAUUUUUUUACUUAUCAAAAUGUUUUGCUAUAACAAUCAAACAUUUUGGUAAUUUUAAAAGUAUUUUUUGAAAGGCCAGGGUUAUGUUUUAUAGUUCAUAUGUUUUAAGAAAUAGUUGUACCUAAUAAGAGCUAUUAAACAAUUUAUUUAUGCACUAUUUGAAAAAGACAUUAUUAGUUAAUGAAUUUAAUUAUUAAUUUAAAACAAGAUCUUGCGAGUGUUACUUUUAAAAUUAGUCCGAAUAUAAUUGAGUACCGGCCGUCCUUAAAUCCCAGCCUAAAUAAAAUAACGCAUCCAGUUCAUUGUUUAUUUGGCUGUGAAUAAACUUUAGGUUUUGUGAUAUACCAUAACAGAUUUUUAUUUACUUUUUAAUAAACAUAUUAAACAAUAGAUAGUGAGUUACCAAAACUUAAGCAAUACUAAGUGGCAUUGACACAGUUCCUCUAGUCAAUGAUUGUAUUGUAAUGAUGUAUUUUUAUUGCUGCUUCGAGUGUCUGAAUUUUAAUUAGUUUAGUCUCAAAUUGAGCGUGUUUUAAAAAUUGCAACAUUUAAAUUAGUUUAAUAAGUUUUAUAAAGUUUUAUAAUUUUAUUUUUCAUAUGUUUUAUUGUCAAAGUGAAAAAUUCCCAAAAAAGAAUUUAAACAUUUUAUAUUGCACCUUUUGAGUCUUUUUUACCUUACUUUUAUAAAUGAAAAAAUGUGAAAAUUAAAAAUUUACAGAUCAGCUUACUUAUACUAAAAAAUUAUAAAAACUAUGAGGAUAAGUGUUCUAUUUCAUAUUUAAUUUAUUAGAUAAUUAAAUUAUGGUUAACAAUUAUAAUUAUCAUUUGAUUUAAGAUGUUGAUCAUUUUGAUUCUGUGAAGUUCAUUUUAGGAAUUGUCCCUAUAUAAGUAAAAAAAAAAUAAUCGAAGAAUUUUUGUCUUACUUAUAUAGGAAUUAAAAGAAAACAUAUAUUUUAUAUGCGUAAUAAUAAUAAAUAAAAAAAUAGAGUUAGGUAUUCGAAAGAGCAAUGAAUUUUCGUACUGCUCCAGUAGUAUUAGUAAAGAUAAUGGAUAGUAAGACUAUAUAUGAGUACUCUAUCUAACUUAUUUUACUACUAGUGAAAUAUUGAACGUGAUGUAAUUAGCCAGAAUAGCAUGUAAGUUUAUGUAGGCAAUUUUUAACUUGCAUAAACUACAGUCUGAUGUCAAAAUUGAUAGCACUUUAUAUAUUAAAAAUCUCGAAAUUUUUCGUUAUAAGACAUAUUUAAACUUAAGAUCUGAUAAUUCGCGUUUCACAAAUUAUCAUUACUUCGGUUUCUUUAAUAUGAUCUUCGAUUUUUUAUUUUAUUGUUUUUAUAUUCGACUUCCACAAACAUCCAAACCUCUUAAAUAAAAUUUGACAAAAUUACAACUUUAGAUAAAGAUUUAUCCAUCUCUCUUAUAUAUUUUCUAAUCAACACUAAAAUUUACACAAAGAAUGAGUUUUGAAUUUUAAUAAUGUUUGUCACUAAAGUUAUUUAUCAAACAAAAAUAAGUAGAUCAUUAAAGGGUUAACAGUAGAAAACCAAGGAUGCUGUUAUGCAUAUAGCUCUCGUGAUCCUCCCCAUCAAAUAUUUGAACAGAGCGCGCGUAUGCUGGGUUCUCCAUGACAUGGUCUGCAGUUUUUUUCUUCUUUCAUUAUCAACCAUUCUCCGGAUUUUCAGCAAUCCGUAGGAUAUUGCAAAUCAGUGUCCAAUGAAAUUGCCGAUCUAGCAUAGGAGUUUCCUUCUUUGUUACCAGAAUUACCGGAGUGGUUAUUUAAUUCAGGUCCACGCAGGAUCGAUAUAUACAUUAGAGUAGAAGCUUGGAGCUCUCCGUUUUGGUCUUAAUAGCCUUAGUGGUGGCUUUACUAUAUUAUCACAUUGAAAACUCAGUUUCGGUAUUCACAAUUUAAUAUUUCCUGUGCGCGUUUAAAUACAGCGAACACAUAAGCUUAAAAGACAGUAGCAUUCUUUUCCAGUAAAUGGAUCCCCCAUAGUAGUAUAUAGGGGCCCAAUUUAGAAGGCUGCAUCAACAAUGUAAUUAAUUCUGAGACCGUCUGUGUAUCAGAUAGUCCUUCUUAUCACAUUAAUGCAGGCGUUUAAUAUAUAGUCCUUCCUCUCUGCCUGCAGCCAGUCAUAUAAGUUACGAAGCCUUUGUGAUCGACUGUCGCAGUUAAUAUAUAGCUUCAUUCAGUCUGCAUGGCCUUAAAUUGUAUAGCAAGGUCCAAGACCAAAAGAUUUGUUUAUUUGGACUCGAACUUGGAUCCAUGGAUGCGAUUAUUCGGUAUAGGAUUUUUAUUGGCCUACUAGAUAAUAAAACCCACCAGACUGGUACAUAAUGAACAUUUUAAUUACCAGCUAUUUGUCCAGCAUAUAAAAAAUUACCAGUUUCCCCCCAUUUCGUUGAGAUGUACUCUUGCUUAUACUUCUAUUAUACACUAGAAACUUCAAUAAAGAUAUUUUAAUAAAGAAACCUACAUCCUUAGUUUCUUUGUAAAAUGGUAUUUAUAAUUAACGCUAUUUUUAUUUACAAUAAUGUUGCAAUUUUCAUAACACAUAGUAAGAGUUUAUUGUUUGUGCGAAAACAUCGAGUCGAUUUUACUAUAGAUCACGAUUUAUACAUCGAAUGAUAUAAAUAAAACUACAAAUAUUAUAUUGAUAGCUAUUUAUUAAUAAUUUAUAUUAAUUAUUAUGUCCUGUGCCAAAUCGAUGUACCUCAAGUUUCAGAAUACUUACUGGAUAUUAUAUUGGCGUAGCUGUUCAAAUUUUAUUCGCUAUAUCAAAAAAAAAAUUAUCUCGAAUGGAAAUAAACGUAAGGUACUUUUUAAAAGUUUUUUUUUCUGAUAUAGCUUAGUAUUAAGUAAAACUAUGUAUAUAAUAAAUAGUCUUAACUUAAAUGUUUAACAUCGAGAUAAACUUUUUCUGUCGCCACAGAGAGAUACAUAUUUCAUAUUUUUUUAGACAUAUAUGUACCGUUUAUUAACAAUACAAUAGAAUAUUAUAUAAUAUUUAAAUACUUUGGUUGUGGAGAACAAUCGUAAUAUACCUCAUUAAAUAAAUAGAUCACAAUGGAUGUUAAACAUUUACUAUUUUUUAAUAUUAUUCCCAUAUUAAUAUACCUAUUAUUAAGUAAUGUUCAUAGGAAUAAUUUUUUAUACAGUCAACGCAUUGGGACAAAUUUUAUUGUUUAUGUUUAAACAGAAAGUUUAUUUUUCUGUACACAAGGGUGCCUUGAUCAUAAGUUUUAAUUGUGGUGAACAUACAUUUAAUGGCAUUAUUUUUUACCUUUGUAAAAAUGUUUGUAAUAUAUAUGGCACAAAAAUUGUAUUUUUAGUAAUGUAACAAAACUUGAACAAGUUCUUAUUAUUAUUGAGAAAAAAUGCAGAUAAAUUUAGUAAAAAAAUAUGUAUGAAUUAUUUAGUUAAUAUUAGAUUUAACAGAACAUAAUGUUUGUAUGUAAAAAUAUUUUAAAUUCUUAAUCUAUUGAUUUAACUUUGCGUUUCCUACAUCCAACAAUAUAACAAAAAAGUACUAUUGUUGUGCUAAACUAUAUUUUACUGCUAUAAAAGUAUUUAAACUUUAAUAUAAUAUUUAAGAUACAUCUUAUAGUAGAUUAAAUACAGUGCGGUCAUGAAUAUUCCUUCUCUCCUCUUAACUUCUAAAUGGGGCAAGAUACUUCGGUAAGAUCGGUAAUAAUUAAUAACUUGUAAUUUUUAGGUACAAAUACUAAGUACGGCCUUUAUUUUAGGUUUAUUGUGCUGUUUCUAUUAAAUACUAUUAAACACUUGGGUUUUUAAAAGUGUAUAGACGUUUAUAAUUAAAAAAUAAAUUGUAUAUACCACUAUCAAUGAGAAAUAAUUAAUAAUUGCAACCUAAAUUCACCUUGUUACAAAUGUUAGGGCAGUUACUCUAAAUAUUGCUCAAAAUAUAAACUAUUCGUUAACAAUAAACAAAUUCCUUUUGAAAUUCGUUCUUUAUUUUCUUAAAAAUACUGUCCUACAAUUAUAGUUUAAAAAUUGUCAAAUUUCUAACUUCAACAAUAUCUUUUACUCUCCGCUUUUUAUUAUUAAUGCUAAUUUUAGUAAAGCCGCAUGGUUGCAAUGGUAUUCAGCACAGUUCUCAUUGAUAAAUUUUAAUGUUGUUCCUGGAAUUAGCAAAUAUAGACCCAUUUAUUUUUGGUUGUUUUUUAAGUAUCGUUAUAUUUUCUAACUUUUUAUACAAGGUUUUUCAAAAACUCAUUUAUACCCUUUAGUCAUUUCUAACUACCGCUGCUUUUUUUCAGAUUAAUUUUUAUUCAUAGUAAAUACGUAUUUAAGAAGUUUCGUAUUUUUUUUGUGUUUCUACAAAAAAUCAUUUAAACACAAUAAGUAAGAAAGCUUUUAAUUUUUUAAUAUUAUUUUAAUUUCAAUUAACAAAAUAUUACUUAAUUAUUCGAUAGCGAGAAAUUGAAUUAUAAGUAAAUAAACUAUGAUCCAACAAUAACCAAAAUAUUGACCUAAUAUAUUUUUUUUUCUUAUUAUUUAUUUAUACGAGCUUUUGCAGCUUGGUCUACUGUACCGGGUCACUUCUUAUAUUAACUUCUCACGCCCUCGUAUAUCAUUCACGCCAAUGUAAAAGUUGUAAGAUUUGACAUGUAAUUUUUGCAAAAUAUAGGGUUAUGUAUACAGGGUGUUGUAAGAGAAAUAAAGAAAAACAUAAACAUAAAAAACAUAAAUUAAUGCAAUGAUUAGAAUGCAAUUUAUUAAACAUAUGAGCUCGUAACUAAUAUACAACUAAAAUAGUGAAAUUUCAUAACUGCUGAAUAUUCUCACCAUUUUGAUCAAUUUGAACAAAUUUGAUAUUGUUUAAACAAAUUUGAUAUUAUCUUUCUUAUUUUUAAUUUGCAUUACUACUAGUGGUACAUUAGUAAUAUAGUGUAAAUUUUCCUGGUUAGGCCGGUUUAUAGAAUUUAAAAUUUUAGCUCUAGAUAAUAAUAUAACCUCCACAAAAAUGAAUUUAAAGGUAAAGUUUCUAGACUAUUUGGGGGACAGUUUUUUGUUCAUCGCCUACCUAUCCCUAUUUCAUGCCUGUUGUGCCUGAAGACCUCCUAAAAUUUUAUUUCGCAGAAUUCGAGAGGGUUUAGUGUAGCCCAAAAUGUGUAUUUUUUUACUAAAUACACCCGCAGUUGUAAAGUGCACCAUCGGUCAACAAUAUUUUAUUAAAUAAAAAAUAUCCGGUCUGUUUCUGCGCAGCAUUUUAGCAUAAAAUACCAUUCGAUCAUAUUUAUGAGCGGCUUCUAAUCUUUAAAAAGCAUAAAAAUCACCCUAUAAAAAUAACAAAGUAUCUAAUUCUUCGUUUUUAUUAUCUACGCCUAUUCGUAUUUCUAUUUCCCUUUGAAGAUAUCUUCUAAACCUGAAUUCCUUUUUGCGUUAAAGAAAGUUUUUCUGGAACUGUUUCGAUAUAAUCGUCCAUUAUUCCUCUGAGCUGUAAUAUUUCACAUUUCUCUUAAUCUGUAUAAUGCAUAAAGAGAAUAAUUACAAAGAUGAAGUUCGUAUUUAUAGAAGAAGAAUAAAAAGGCCUCUCGUUAAAAAAAAAGUGUCCCACUUAAGAAAUGUUUCUUUUGUUUUUUUUUUAAUUCUUUUUGCAUCAUCCUGCAUACCUUACACUAUAAUUGGCAAGAACAACAUUUCAAGCCCUACAGCUUUUACAUUUACCAUUUUUUAUAUAGGAUGGUCCAAAAAACUUAAGAAGGGUGGGAAAUAUAAAGAAUGAUACUAUACGACUAACCGGCUACCCAUACAACUAGGGCUAUGGAAACAACUUUAUUUUUUUAAAUUUACAUGUAGGCAAAAAUAUAUCUUCUCACAUUAAAAAGUUAAGAGGGACCAAACUUCCUAGAAAUAUUAAGUAAGAUCAAAUUUAUUUAUUCGGCAUUAAGAUAUUCCAUAUUUAAUUUGUUAAAGUAGUAAAUAUUAACUAAAAGCAAGAAUAGGUUUAUUAAUAUUAUUCAACAAAUACAUUACCGUAUGUGUUAUAAAUCAAAAUUAAACAAAUAAAAUGUAUAUUUCACCAUUCUAGCAAUACAAGAACGUCCCAAAGCAAGCACAAUUCCUUCCACAAAUAUAUUAAAAUAAAAUGAUUAUAAAAAGCGUCGUGUUUUUGCUACAAUAUUGUUGUAAAUAAGACAUUAUUAAUAAUAUUAUUAGUCUAAAGAUAAAUGUUCCUACUAUGUGUGAAUAGUUGUUAAGUAUAUUUUUGUGUAUCGGAAUGUAAAUAGAAAACAUGAUCAGGUGAUAAGGUUAGUUAUAUUCGUUAAUAUAGUUUUACCUACAGUUAAUGUUUUUAUUAAGACGAACAAGUAUUGAAAAUGUUGAUUUAAAAUCACUUAUAAUAUUCAUGUGACAGGUUUUUGUAGAAAAUAUAUUAAUAUUUAUUCUG